GCGCGAAAGAUGGCGCGCUUUAGCCGGAAAUCAAACUACGGGUAAUACGACAUCCGCGACUUCUUUCUCUUUUACAUCGUAUAGCACGAAGGUAAGAUGACGCGGUAUUCGAAAGAACCAACAAAUACCACGAAAUCGUGCAAAGCUCGUGGUUCCAAUUUGAGGGUACAUUUUAAAAAUACCCAUGAAACUGCUAGAGCAAUUAAGAAUUUGACUCUGAGAAGAGCUCAAAAAUAUCUGAAAGCCGUCAUUGAACACAAAGAAUGUGUACCAUUUAGACGAUUCAACGGUGGUGUUGGACGUUGUGCUCAAGCUAAACAGUUUGGAACCACUCAGGGAAGAUGGCCCAAGAAAUCAGCCGAAUUUUUGCUUCAGCUUUUACGUAACGCUGAGUCAAAUGCUGACUACAAGGGCUUGGAUGUCGACAGACUGGUAAUUGAUCACAUCCAGGUUAACCACGCUCCAUGCUUGCGUAGAAGGACUUACCGUGCUCACGGUCGUAUUAAUCCUUACAUGAGCUCUCCCUGUCACAUCGAAGUUAUUCUAACUGAAAAAGAAGACGUGGUUACUAAAGCCACUGAAGAAGAGCCAUCGAAAAAGAAACUGAGCAAAAAGAAGCUUGCUAGACAGAAGGAGAAGAUGUUGAGAGAGUAAAUUCAGCUCUUUUUCUUUUGUAAACAAGUAUAAAUGAUUUAUAAAUCAAUAAUAAAAUGGAAAAUUUAACAUCAACGGA